AUGUCUCUCGAAACCGUGACUGUCGAGCAUCUGCCAGCCUCGCACAAGGUCCACGUUGCCCUAUUCCGUGACGUACGGAAUGCGGCCUUUUUGCACCAGCAGCUCCUCGGUCGGAAUCCGGCCUUUGAGUACGCCUUUAUCGAUGCCUCCGUGGUCAUUUCUAGGCUUCAAUUAUUAUCCGCCGUCUUCAAGGCUACGUCGGCGGCCGUGAAUGGUGCCUUGAGGACCCCCAACGUUCACUCCGAGAUUGUCUCUUGUAUGAGCUCUUCUAAUAACAUUGCCGAUGCGUACCGCCGAUAUGGCAUCUCCCCUUCAACCAAGGACCUCAUUGUGGUCAAGGUCACCUUUCCAGCAGACAAUGGCACAGAGCCCCUGACCCAUGACCAAAUUUGGGAACAUCUCAAGACCAAUGUCGAGGGAGAAGCAUCACCUAUCACAGAUGAGCAGAUCGCUACUACCAGUGACGUAGCUAAAGUGCGCAAGUAUUACAAGCUGAACGGCUUGAAGUGGCUCGAUGAGAUCAAGGACAACAAUGUCAGGCAUAGGGAGAUGGAGUCGCUCGUCAUCAGUGCAAUGGCUCUACGUGGAGUCUGA